UUUACAAUAUGCCUGGGUCAUCUUCAUCUUCAUUAAGUAUCAGAGAACCCUGUUUCUGUAGGCAUAUGAAAAAAGCAGAUGAGAUAAUUCUGUCUAUUCCUUCUGAUGCUGCUUCGAAGCUGUGGGGUGUUGAUAUGGGCCCUACAAAUGUGGACAUACAUACUGAUGAUGGCCACAUUUUUAAUGUUUGUUUAACCUACUCUAAAGGAAAUUUGUUCCUGUUUCAUGGAUGGUCCAAUGUAACACAACAUUUGGGACUAUCCGAAGGAUGUUUUAUAGUAUUCAACCCCAUCGAUUGUACUACGUUUAAAUUAACCCAUUUCAUUGAUGGUGUUAGUGGUAGCUCUUUUUGGACAUAUCUCCUACCUACAUCAUCGCAUUUUUAUGUAAUACCCGAAGUUAUCCUGCCGGAAACCUUUUCUACAUCCAUUGAUUUAAUAUCCACUAUAAUGAUAAACAACAAUCCGUUUCAUGUUAGGAUUGAAACGGAUGGCGGUAAAUUCGGAUUUACCGUUGGUAUUGACGUUAUUGUUAGUUUGUUACAUUUAGAGCCUGGUUGUUUUUUGAUAUUUACAAAGUAUUUUGGUAAUGAUUUUAACUUAAAAGUAUUUGGAAAAAAUUGUGUUGAAAAGAACUUUCUUGAUGUAGACGUUGAUGUGCCUUUAGUUCCUCCUAUUGAUGCUGUGAAUGAAAUUUAUGAACAACCACAUAGUCGUGUGUAUCGGUUUUCCCGUACCGUUGGUACCGAUUUUAUCCUUCCCGAUCGUGUCUCUGAAAUGGCCAAACUUAAUAUUUGUUUGAAAGAUAUAACCGUCAGACUUUUGAAUCUGGAACCUCCAGUUCAGUUUACCAAUGGUACAAGACGUGAAAGGACACAUAAUGGUUUUCGAUAUGCGUUAAGGCGAUGGUCUAAGUUCAUGAAAACUGCUGGAAUUAAGGUCCGUGACACCGUUGACUAUUGUUUUGACGAAAAUGAUCAAGUGCUAAGUGUUGAAAAGGUUGUACCUUACGUUAGUGGUCGUAUUUAGUUAUUUGACUCUUUCGAUGUUGUUUUUUCCUUUAACAU